UGUCAAAUGACAAAUAUCAAACUGAUUUUGCAUCAAACAGCAACUCAUUCUACCGACUUUGGCUUGCAGUUCUUAUAAGAAAUAUUAUUCAAACUCGAAGAAAGAUCCAGUUGUGGUCACUUACAUUGAACUGAAAAGAAUUUCACUAUAACUUUCAUAAGAUGUUUCUAACAAGAAGCGAAUAUGAUAGGGGUGUUAAUACUUUUUCACCCGAAGGCAGACUUUUUCAAGUAGAAUAUGCUAUUGAAGCUAUCAAAUUAGGAUCAACUGCUAUUGGAAUAUGCACAAGCGAAGGAGUAUGUUUAGCAGUAGAGAAAAGGAUAACUUCACCUUUAAUGGAGCCCACAACAAUUGAAAAAAUUGUUGAAGUCGAUAAACAUAUCGGCUGUGCUGUAUCUGGUCUCAUGGCUGACUCCAGAACAAUGAUAGAUAGGGCUCGUGUCGAAUGUCAAAAUCACUGGUUUGUUUAUAAUGAAAAUAUGAGCAUUGAAUCUUGUGCUCAAGCUGUAUCAAACUUAGCUAUUCAAUUUGGUGAUUCGGAUGAUGAUGGUGCUGCUAUGUCGAGACCAUUUGGUGUUGCUAUUUUAUUUGCAGGCAUUGAUGAAAAAGGACCUCAACUGUAUCAUAUGGAUCCUUCAGGUACCUUUGUGCAGUUUGAUGCCAAAGCUAUAGGUUCUGGCUCUGAAGGCGCACAACAAAGUCUUCAAGAGGUUUACCAUAAAAGUAUGACUUUACAAGAAGCUUGUACGGCUGCAUUAAAUAUUUUGAAACAAGUUAUGGAAGAAAAACUCAAUUCUUCAAAUGUUGAACUUAUGACAAUGACUCCUGAGAAAAAAUUCUGUAUGUUGAAUAAGGAACAAGUUGAGGAGAUUCUCCAAAUGGGCGAGUCCGGCGAUAAAGUGUUCAGUGGAGCUCCACCCAUGAUGAAAGUUUGAUUUUAUUUUUUUAUGUUUUGAUACGAAAGUUCUUAGAAAAUAAUAUGUUCCUUUUUCGACCAGAAUAAAGUUUUUGUUCGAUUUCA